AUGUUCAAACCGGUAAGAGUCAUUACCCAGGUAGAGCUGAUAGGUGCACCAAUGGAGCUGGAAACAGGAAACAAUUCACUGCUCACGCUGCGCGCGUACCUCACGUUAACUCUGCACCCGCUCCAAAUAGCUAAAUACUUUCGGGACGUGUCGGAUAGAAAUAAUCAGCUGUGUUCGCUGUUUGCUCUAAUUGGAGUUUUCGUUUCGAGGGUGAAAUUAUGGGGAGAUCGAUUGCUCCAACUUUCAUCGGGUGAUGUACAUGUUCGUUUCUGCCAUCGAUCAUCGCUUAUACUUUGCAUAGUGUCACGAUCUUACGAGUUACUGGAUGACCAAUUGAAUGUGCUGUUUGACCAGAUUGUAUCCACCUUAUCGAGGUCGCAGUUGGAUAUAGUCUACAAGAAGAAAGGCGACAACUAUGAUUUGCGGAGGCUACUAAGAGGCACUGACAAAUACAUGGACAGUAGUGUGUCAGCAUGGCGCACCGACAUCUCGUUACUACAAUCAGCCAUUCGGAUACUUCCAAUGCAACCGUCCGACAGGGACUAUUUAUCGUCUACGAUGGUUUCAUGUCUUACAGCUGCGAAACUUGACGGAGUUCUUUUUGGUUUGAUGAUUGCCCACCGACAAGUGGCAGCCAUGGUACGUCUCAGACGCUACGCUUUGCAUCCUCGUGACACACACAUUCUCUUGAACUUGAUCUCGGGAAACAGUUCUCUCCGAAUUACGGAGGCGCAGACAUGGACACCAAUAUGUCUGCCAAAUUUUAAUGACAAGGGUUUCGUUUAUGCCUACAUCUCAUUUCCAUGGGAGGAGAUUCUUCCCCAGUUUCCAAACUUCUGUCGAAACAUUGGUACUGGUAGCGACGUUUUGUGGUCAUUUGUUUACAAAAAUCGAUCUUCACGUCAAGUCUGCAUUUCUGGUGCUAAAGUUCCGUUGAUCUCACGAGCUGAGAGGAUCAGUGCACGGACUUUGUUUGAAAGAAUCACUCAUCUAGUCCGGGAGGAAUCUCACAUGCGGUGUCUUUUUUUGAAGAGGAAUCGUGACAACGUCCUUGUAUGGGUAACCGACAAGUUUGAGUUGCAGUGCGUCUUUAGCCCAUUGGUGUCGGCAGUAAUGGCUACCACUUUGGUUGAUCGCCUGUUGAAAACGCUAAAAUAUCAUGAACAACGAUAUUUCAUAAUACACACACCUUCAUUCUAA